CUUCAUACUGGGUUUAUGGCACUUCUGAGAACUGAACUUGUUUGUGUUUGUGGUGAGAGGUUGCGGACAGUAGUACUUUCGAGGUCACUCUCCUGGAAUAUUGUCCAACUCAUUGCAAGUGUGACUGGGACAUCUACAGUGUGUCAUGUGUUGGAGCUGAGGUCAUGCCUGUAUUCCCUUCCAGCACACAGGAGGUGUGGCUUGUGGGGACCAAACUUUCUUUUCUUCCUCAGAAUGCAUUUACCAACUUGGCCAACAUUGCUCACAUAUACAUCUCUGAUGAUGAUACUAUAAGAUAUCUUGAGAGGCAUUCUUUCCACAACCUGUCCAGGGUCACUCACAUACAACUAACUGGUAUCAAAACACUGUCAUACAUCGACCAAGAGGCAUUUAAAAAUCUGCCUAAUUUAAAGUACCUUGGGAUCACCAAUACAGGUCUCACCUCCUUUCCUGGGCUACAAUAUAUUCAGUCCAGCAAAGAGGAUUUUAUUUUGGAGAUAGUGGAGAAUGUCUUCCUAAAAGUUAUACCUGCUAAUUCUUUCACUGGGAUAUCUGAGAAAGCUUUGACCAUCAUGCUGAAUAGCAAUGGUGUGAAAGAGAUCCAGCAAUAUGCCUUCAAUGGGAGCAGAUUGGAGGAAGUGUAUCUUCACAGGAAUAUGGAUCUGGAACGAAUAGAUGAAUUAGCAUUUUAUGGCGUGAUUCACGGCCCAACGCAAUUAGACCUUUCAGAAACCAAAGUUAGCUCUCUUCCUUUAAUGGGUUUGGAGACCAUUGAAAAGCUCCAAGCUAAAAACACUUGGACCCUCAAAGAACUGCCCCCCUUCAAGGCCUUUGUCCAUUUACAAAUUGCUGAAUUGACCUUCCCAAGCCAUUGUUGCGGUCUCAAAACAUUGAAAAGAUGGAGAGGAAACUCUGAAGCAGUUAUUUGCAACCUGACCCGGACUGCUUUGGAAAAGCUGCAGGAAUCCUCUGCAGCUUUCUCUCAGAGGUAUCUGGGACACAAAAUCUACCAUCAUCUGAACGACAGCUUUGGUCUCCCAGCUGCCGACAGCAGAAAUCACAAUCAUUGUUAUAACAGCCCCAUUUGCCCAACUGAACAGUCUCAAAAUGAGGGUUUGUUUUACGUGGAGUUACCUACAGAGCAUCCCAAUGAAGGUUUUGACUUUGCACUGUGUGAUGAACUUCACACAGAUAAUCAUGGACUCUUGUGCACCCCUCUGCCAGAUGCCCUGAACCCCUGUGAGGAUGUGAUGAGUCAAGGCUUCCUGAGGGUGUUGGUCUGGGUGGUCAGUCCAUUGGCCAUUUCAGCCAACUUCCUGGUGAUGUUCAUCCUGCUGACCAGCCAACAGAAGUUGUCCGUUACCCGUUUCCUCUUGGGUCACCUGGCAUUUGCAGACUUCUGUAUGGGGAUAUACUUACUGCUUGUUGCGUCAGUCGACCUCUACACACGCUCCCAUUAUUACCACUAUGCUAUUGCCUGGCAAACAGGAGGUGGCUGCAAUCUAGCUGGAACAAUAUCAGUGUUUGCCAGCGAGCUAUCUGUCUACACAUUAACUUUAAUCAGCCUUCAGCGCUGGCAUGCUAUCUUCUACGCAAUGAGGGCGGACAGAAAAAUCAGGUUACGCCAUGCAGCUGUGUUUAUGCUCGUCGGCUGGUUGCUGUGUGUGAUCCUAGCAGUGCUUCCAUUGGUUGGUGUGAGCAGUUACCAGAAAGUGAGCAUCUGCUUACCCAUGGACACUGAGACAACUGCUGCUCGGGCCUAUGUGGUCUCUGUGCUGAUGGUUAAUGUCGUAGCUUUUAUGGUGGUAUGUUUAUGUUACCUCCACAUCUACUGUAUGGUGCACAAUCCCCAGCACCAGUCCAGCAGAAGCGAUACCAGCAUGGCCAAACGCAUGGCUGUUCUAAUUUUCACCAACUUUCUGUGUCUGGCUCCCAUUUGCUUCUAUGGCUUGUCUGCGGCUCUCCACCAACCAUUGAUGACUGUCACAGAUUCCAAGGUGCUGCUGGUGCUUUUCUAUCCUCUCAACUCUUGUGCACACCCAUUUUUUUAUGCUAUCCUGACAAAGGCAUUUCACAGAGACAUCCUGAUGUUGCUGAGCCGAAUGGGGCUGUGCCAGCGGCAAGCACACCUCUAUCGAAGCCAACUUGUCAGUAUACUGCCCUACAGCCCAGCCCCCAUACCCCAAAAUGCUCAAGUACAGGAAUUGCCAGGCUGCAAGAUGUCCCAAAAUUGCUUUUAAUUAUUAAUUAAUGAAUUUUUUUCUUGUAGUAAUAGAUCUCAAAAACAAUAAUUAUACUUUAUCCUAGAAGUCCUAGAAGUCCAAUUCACAGAAUUUAACCAUUACACAGUAUACCGUGGCCUCUUAAAAUUUGUGAUCCAUUAAUUUCUGGUAUCAGUUUGCCUGGACAUCUCCGGUUGUUUCUGCUUCCAAAAUAAUGAUAAAUAUUAAUCUUUAGGAAAUGACAGCAACGGUUUAGACUUCGUCUGUGGGGGAAAGAUGAGUGGAAAUGUGUCUAAAACUGCAUAGAAGAUGUAAAGAUAAGGAUAACUCAGAGAUAAGAGUGUGAGAAAGUAAAGGUAUCAGUAUGCUUCAGAUACACCGUCUGAAAACCCCUCGCCUAUCUGAUUGUUCGUGUAACUUUUCCAAACAAGCACUAUCACGAUCACACCCACUUUACAUAGCGUUUGGUCAGGUGUGGGAAGGAAGGCAGGGUCACUUUUUGACGGUACAACCAAGUGCAACAUCAUGAAUAUAUUAUAGAAUAUUAGUAAUUAUUUAUGUUCAUAAAAGAACAUGGAAAAAACAUGAAGGAAAACAUGUAUGUAUCUCUAAGGGCCUUUGCUUUGCUCAGAGGCCAUCAUUAUCAUAAUAACACUAUGGACAACAAAAUUCAGACGGCUGGCGUUACCGGAGUUUCGCACUUUAAUCUCAGAGAGUGUCCAAGUAUUUUCCUUAUAAAUCUACGACUCUAAUAUUGGAAAUUCUGAGUUUUUCCUCAGAAUAUUACCCCCUCCCUGGCUCCUUAAUUAUUAUCUUUUAAC